AUGGAAUCAUACUCAAACAUCUCAUCCAGGUAUAUCAACCGGCUUCAAGAGAGGUUGGCAGCUCUAGAGAGCAAGUCAGACCAACAGGUUGUCCUGGAGAAUACAAUUGGUUGUUCAAAGAGCCCCGAUUUGAAACAAGUGACAAAGACUUCAACCUCAAUAUCACCAUAUGGACCAACCGAAGCACUAGAUCAACAGCCCAAUGGCGAAGGCAAAGCUCCUCUCACCAAUCCCUUGGCCUUCCACACGUAUGACUUUGUUCCCAGCAUCACAGGGCACAUUCUCUUCAUGGGGACUUCAUCGAAUUGGUCCUUUAACAAGAGAGUCCUGACCAUGACACACGAACGUGUCAAGGGCCGUCCAUUACCAAUGCACAAUUUGCACUUUGCCGGUACUGAAGGAAAAGUUUUCGAUCUGAGGUGGGAUGGAACGAGAAAACUUACAGCGCAGGACGCUCCCGACAUGUCUUCCCUGCCAACUAAGGACUUUGCGCUUUAUCUCAUCAACUCAGUCAAGUUUCACUGCGGUUGGUUAUAUAGCCUAUUCGAUGAGGACAUCUUCAUGGAACGCUUCCGUUUGUUCCAUGAGAACCCUGCCGAAUAUGCGCGCGCAGAACCUUUGUGGUUCCUUCACUACCUUCUCGUCCUGGCGUUUGGGAAGGCCUUUGUGGUUCAAUCGACCAAGUCGCGACGGCCUCCUGGCGGUGACUUCUUCAUACAAGCUAUGAAGCUCAUGCCCGAUUUCAAUUUCUUUGACUGUGAUAUUAUAGAAGAGAUGCAAGUUCUCUGUUGCGCUGCUCUCUAUUUGCAAUCUGUGGACCACAUACAGCAGGCAUAUCGUCUCGUCUGCGCUGCGCUUCGUCAUGGCCUAGAACACGGAAUACACACCGAGAUGCAGUCCGGUGCUCUUGACGUAGCUUAUGUGCAGAGAAGUCGACACAUGUUCUGGACGCUCUAUAUUCUCGAACGCCAGCUGAUUUCACUUCUGGGACUUCCGCUGAGCAUAGCCGACGAGACGAUAAGCGCACGCUUUCCCGACUUUCCAGGACAGCCGCAAAAGCUAGAGGCUUUGAAGAUACAUGUUGACUUCUGCAGAGUCCUCGCAAAGAUAAAUCAGACUGUCUAUGGGCUUGAAGGAAAACUCGACAGUCGAUACCUCGGUGCUACCCAGUCUGUUCUUAUGAGUAUCGCUACGGUGACUGAACGAUUGAACAAGUCGUUUGAGAUCCAGGCAAGUGAGGGUAUGGCUGGCAUUUCACGAAUAUCGGCACAUCUCCAUUUGAUGCAACAUCAAUGUAUCAUUCUCACCACAAGACCGCUUCUUUAUACCUUCCUCCUUUCAAGGCUUGGUCACCUAGAGGUAGCUUUAAUGCAUUGGCUACAAUCAGAGAGUGUGAAAGGGCUAGUCCAAAUGUGCACCGAGUCCGCUCAGCAGAUUCUGAGGAUCCUUUCCAGUCUUUCUGAGCAAGGGCUUUUAGAAACGUUUUUGCGCUUCGACCAAGACGCUGCUUUUACUGCUACAAUAGCACUACUCAUGGCCGCUGCAAUCGACUCAUCUCUACUACCGGACCAUACUCCUUGGACGCAACGCGCCUACACUCUUUUCGACGAGAUGAACUCGAGAGGCAACCUCGUAGCCAAUAUGGUGGCAUCUGAACUGAAGCAAUUGGAAGAUUUGCUCAGAGGCUUCCUCGUCAACAGCGACUCAAGACCUAUGGUUGCGACACAAGGUUCGAACACGCCACGACAGGGUUUCAUGAAUGACAUAGACAAUAGCACAGGCUCCGUCACUGAUUAUGCGGAGCCAUUUAGUCUUGAGUCAGAUGAUGGCUUUGGAUUGGGGCUUAACUAUGAGCUUAGUGCGGAACAGUUGUUGAAUAUCGCCAAUUCGCUGGAUAUUGAUAGCUUGACAUGGCCAUGGCCGGAGGACCCGAUGCCUGAAGAUGUGGAUCGGGCAUGA